AUGGAGAAUGUCCCAGAUUAUUCAAGAAGAAAAUGUUUAACGGGCGUGUCAUAUACUAUGUUUGUGUUUGCGGAAUGCUGGGCUGGUUUAUAUGAUGGACGUUAUGAUGUCCUUACAAUACAGAAUUUGGUGCUCAAUGAUGACAAGUUUUCUCAAGUUAGAGAUAAUGUGAGGUCUACAGAAGUGAUAAUCAUUGAUGAAAUAUCUAUGCUAUCCAAAAACAGUUUUGAACAGCUUGAGACAGUAUGUAGAGUGCUACUUGACAAAGAUAACUAUUUUGGAGGCUUACAAGUUUUGGUAUGUGGAGACUUUUAUCAACUUCCACCAGUCCCUGACCCUUUACACAAUGACAAUGGUAAUUUCUGUUUUGAAAGUGAAGUUUUCAAGAAAUGUAUAACUCAUAAAGUCUUAUUGAAGAAAGUGGUUCGACAUGAUGAGGAGUCUUUAAUAAAAGCAGUUAAAGAGUCUGCCCUUGGAACUCUUUCUGAAGAGACAGAUGUGUUCUUAAAAGGUUUAAGUAGGCCAUUGCCAAAUGAUAUAGAUACUGUUCAUCUUUUUGCAAAAAAUAUUGACUCAACAAUGUAUAAUAAUGAACAUUUGAACAAGUCCAGUGAAGAAGGCAGGAUUUACAAAGCCAUUAGAAAUGAAGGGGGUAAAAAAUAUCUUAAUAAAAUUUUAGCCUGGAACUACCUUCAUUUAAAGAUUAAUUGUCCAGUGAUUCUUUUAGUUAAUCUGAGUGGAAAACUUGUGAAUGGAUUGAAAGGGUAUGUUAAAUACUUAGAAGAGGACACCAUUUCUGUAUAUUUUUCUGCUAUAAAUGAAACACAUAAUAUUAAAAGAUAUCUUUUCUCAAAAUACAGUGUAACUAAAAAAUCUGUAGUAGCACAGCGUGAACAGUUUCCCCUGGUUUUAGGUUACAGUAUGACAAUACACAAAGCUCAAGGCAUGACAUUAGAAAAUGUUGUUGUUAAUUGUACAGGCAUAUUCCAACCUGGUCAGUUUUCAGUUGCUAUUGGUAGAGCAGUAUCUUCAAAUGGUUUACAGCUACUGAACUAUAGGAAAGGUAUUUGUUAUUUACCCAAAGCAGUUGUUUCUGACUUUUAUAAAACAGAAAGUUGUCAAUUUUUGAAUGAUUACAGUUGUUGUUCAAACAAAUCAGUCAGUAAAAUUUCAGCUGAUACAGAAUCUUUUCUUGAUUAUGACUCAGAUUCAGAAUUUGAAAUGAAUGAAAUUGACUUUAUUGAAAAGAAUUUCAUUGAGGAGCAGAGUGAAAUUACAGAUCAGGUGUUACCUAGUUAUAUUGAUUUAAAUUAUCUAAAGGCUUUUAAUUUUAAUGAGAAGCCAGUGACUGAAACACAUAGAAAAAUUAAUAUUGUAUGUGAAAAAUGUGACUACUCAAGAUUAACAUUUUUUUGCAAAGUCGAUUAA